ACGUCAGUCACUCUUCGGCGCUCGCGCGGAAGGGUUUGUACGGUUUGCCGCCGCUCGGGUUUUCACGUCGGUCCCUAGCGGAGUAGUGUGUGUCGAGAGCGCAAAGAAUACAUAUAUCUCUCUGAUGCAGCGCGUUUCUUCUUCCUCCAAAGCCGUCCCCGGCGUCCUCGGCUGCCGUCUCUUUUGAUCUCUCGCGCGGUCGAUCGAGCUCGGUUUUCGCGUCGAGGAAGGAAAGUGAUAUACGUAUAUACACACACAUAUAUACAUAUAUACAUAUAUAUAUAUUUACAUCUCUCUCGACAUAUAUAUAUAUAUACAUACAUACACGAAAUAAGAGAAAAAGAAAAAAUAUAUAUAUAUAUCUACCUACGAUCUGCGAUCAUCAAUAAACGUAUAUAUGUAAAUAUAUACGCGCGAACGCACGCGGAAUUCGGAAAAGCCGGCUUUUCAGAGAGGUAGUGGGGGUAGACGCGAUCCGCGCGUGUCUCCCAGUGUAUGACGUUUACGAGAACGUCGUGAGAGAAGGUGGGGGAGAUAUUAUUUAAAAGGAUUAAAAGGAAAAUAAGAAGAAAGGGAAUCUUCUGUCUUUUCUAUCUCUUUUUUUUUUUGGUGUGAAAACAAUAACAAAGUCGUUGACUUCGUCGUCAUCGUCAUCACGAGGAUCGAACGACACAGAUUUUUCAUCGUUGUGACAAGGGACGAAGAAGAACGAGCACGGCUACGCUCCUAACCGUCGCCGGCAUUUUGACGUUUGUUUCUACGGUGUCCUACUCCUGUUUUCUCCCUCUCUCUCUCUCUUUUUCUCUCACUCUCUUCCUUUUUCAUUAUCAUCAUCAUCAUCAUCAUCGUCGUCGUCAUCAUCAUUAUUAUUAUUAUUAUUAUUUCGUCAAAUUUUUUCGGUUGACUGUUACGAGAAGAAAAUACAAUACUCUCUCUCUGUCUGUCUGUCCGUCUAUCUGUCCGUCUAUCUGUCUGUCUGUCUGUCUGUCUGUCCCUGUUCUCUGCUCUCUGAUUGAUACGAGCCAGGGGCACACUUCUCGUCGCUCGUAUGAUGGAUACUGGCGCGAGUGACUCGUGUACGCGACGCCACUCGAAGCAGACAGAGCGUCGUCGUCGCGUCGUCGCACAGUGAAGUUUGCCCGCGCGUUCUAUCUCUUUCCAACAUCCUUAUACAUUUCUUUCUUUCUUUCUUUCUCUCUCUCUCUCUCUCUCUCUCGUUCUUUCUUUCAGUCUAUCUCUAUCCUUCUACCCCUAUUUUAUCAUCCUUUUCUAAAAGAAGAGUGCCACGCGUGAGGAAGUGUGUCCGCAUCGAAUAAAUCGUACUCUUGCUGCUCGUGGGAGUAUCGAUCGAAAAGGUAGAGAAGUGGAGGAGCAAGAGGAAGAAGAAGGAGAAGACAAGAAAUAGAAGAAGACGAAAAAGGAAGGAAAAGAAGAAGAAGAAGAAGAGGAAGAAGCAAGCAGGAAGAAGGAUCAUCAGUACGGGUGUUGUUUCUUCUUCGAUGUUACGCGCACGUGUGCGUGCCGAAACGUGCCGUUCCUAAUAACGUGUAGUAGUAGUUGUUGGUUCGUCUAAAAAGAAAUAUAUAUACAUAUAUAUCUACAUAUAUAAAUAUAUAUCUAUAUAUAUAUACGUGCGCGUGAUAAAAAUCGCGAUUACUCGUGCGACGAUCAGUGAUCGAGCGUCAAGUUUUAGUUGUUGUGCGUCGUAUAUAAUCGUCGUCAUCGUCGUCAUCGUCGUCGUUAUCAUCGUCAUCGUCGUCGUUAUUUCUCGCAGCUAUUAGCUCUAGUCUACAAAAUCCUUCCUUUUACUUUUCUCAGUGUCAUUAUCUAUCUAUCUAUCUAUCUAUCUAUCUAUCUCUUUCUCUCUCUCUUUCAUUCUUUUUUUCUAUCUCCAUUGUUAUCUCCAUGUUCACCGUUGUGAUCGUCCACGAAACUUAAGCAAACUUGUUCUUCGAAGAACGACGAAUAAGAAAGAAAGAGAAAUAAAGUCAACACAACGACGUCACGUAACCAUGGAUAUCCUGCCGAGCGGGAACAUAUUUAGGGAGUUGCAGGACAUACAUGAUACUGGAUACUUUUCGGCCCAGCCGUCGCUCGAGGAUCACUGGCAACAGACAUGCUACGAGAUGGAGAGGUACCUGAAGGACGAGCCGAAGCUACAAUCGUACAAAAAGUUGCCCACGGAAUUGGACACAGCACCCUGGAAUCUUUUCAGGGCGCCACCUAUUUCGUGGACGGCAACCACUGGCACCGCCAACUCACAAUUUGAGUCCCCAAUCAAAAUGGAGGUAACGACGUCGUCAGACGACAGAGAGACGCUUUGUCUGGAGGACAUCAAAUUUGGACCUGGCGAUCACAACCACAAUGGCCGUGAUAGGGAUCUCCUCGAUCGACACCUCGACUCUUUAUCGAUGUCAUCGGCUAGUUCAGCGUGUUCGGCGUUAUCUUGGGAUAGCUCACCCUCCCUCUCGUGUACGACGCUUAUUCUUAAAAAGGAACCGAGCGAAGACCUCGAGGAGGAUGAGGAACACGAGGAGAUCGAGGAAGAGGAGGACAGCGGGUGUGAGAGCGAAGGUCAGAUCCUGACACCGCCGUCGAGUCCAGGCUCGGGUCAAGGUCAUUCCAACUCCAGUCACUCGUCGAGCGGUAGUUCGAUGCUCGACGUGCACAACCUCAACCUUCAUGGAACGGGCGGUAGGAGUGCAAUCGUCAGGGUUACCACCAGCAACGCGCAGGGCGUCGCGAGACUAAUCUCCAUGACGGCAAAUGGCUUCUCAGCGGUCGCGAGCACACAGCACGCGCAUACAGGCGCGAGUGCAUCAGCGAGCACGGUAUCCAAUAGGCAUCAUGCGAGGAGCCACGAGCACAGCCCACCCGACACGAAACGCAGGAUACACAAAUGCCAAUUUCCGGGAUGCAAAAAGGUUUAUACCAAGAGUUCGCAUCUUAAAGCCCAUCAGAGGACACAUACGGGUGAGAAGCCGUACAAGUGCAGCUGGGAAGGAUGCGAAUGGCGAUUUGCUCGUUCGGACGAGCUAACGCGUCACUAUCGCAAGCACACCGGAGCGAAGCCGUUCAAAUGUCGGCAUUGCGACCGAUGCUUUUCCCGCAGUGAUCACCUCGCGCUCCACAUGAAGAGACACGUAUAAUCCAUCGUCUCACCGAGCGGUCCUCGAAGCCGCGCGGAAUGGCGACGGUCCACCGAGAGAAACGGCGAUAGAAAAAGCGAAAAUAAGGAAAGGAAGAAUAAGAAGAAGAAGAAGAAAAAAAAGAAGAAGAAGAAGAAGAGGAAGAAGAAGAAGAAGAUUAAGAAGAGGAAAAAGAAGAGUAAGAGGAAGAAGAAAAAAAAAGAAAAAAGGAAGAGGAAAAAGAAAAAGAGAAGGGAAAGAUGGACGAACAAAAAUGACGUCGUCGAACGUGGCAAAAUGGAGAGAUCGGAGACGACGAUGACGAUUCGUUGUCGUCAUCGCCGUCAUCGUCGUUGCCAUCGACGUUAUUUCCAACGAAGAGAAUGAGGAGGAGGAGGAGGAAGAAGAGGAGGAUGAGAGAAUGAUGAUGAUGAUGAUGAUGAUGAUAAUGAUGAUGAUGAUGAUGAUAAUGAUGAUGAUGAUGAUGAUGAUGAUGAUGAUGAUGAUGAUAAUGAUGAUAAUGAUGAUGAUGAUGAUGAUGAUGAUGAUGAUGAUGAUGAUGAAUGAGAAGGAGGAGUAGAAGGAGAAAGAGAAGGAGGAGGAGGAGGAGGAGGAGGAGGAGGAGGAAGAUCCUCUUAAGUUUUGUCGCCUCCUAUCGAGAAUCCACGUUUGUAUUAGAGUUAACAGAGUUAACAGAAUUAAGAGAGUAACAGAGUAAGAGAGUAAAAGAGUAAGAGAGAGAAAGAGUGAAAGAAAGUUCGUGUGUGUGUAUGCGUGCGUGUGUGCGUGCGUGCGUGAGUGCGUGUGUCUGUGUGUUCGCCUUUCGACUUGCAACGAGAGCGAAUCGAACAGCUCGCUUGAAGUUAACGACGAAGAAGAUUGUUCUUUCGAGAACGUUUCAUUAUACGACAACGCCGUUAGGAUAUUAACGAUUAGACGACGUUGUCCUCUACCUACCUUCCUCUGAAUAAAUGGCCGCAACGACGAAGAAGAUAUCCAUCUGUCUGUCCUUCUCGGAGAUCAUUCGUCAAAUCUUUUGAUACGGCGAUAAGGUGUCUCGAAGAGUAACGAGAUCUCAAAUUCGAGAAUAUUUCACUUCGUAUAUAAAGUGUUAGAUGAUCCUUCCUAUCAUUAAAGCAAGAUAGAUAGAAGAAGGAGAUAUGUCGAGGGUAGAUCGACGGUCGAGAAAUAAUCAUCGAAUGAAGAAGAAACUUUUGUAGAAGAAGAAGAAGAAGAAGAAGAGAAAAAAAAGAAGAAGAAAUUUCUUAGAAGACGUACGUUUCUUCCCGAACAAAGAUCGCACGAUGAUCUUCGGCCUGAGACCGUCAAUCACUGCCAAUUAAUUACGUUCUAAAAUCCACGCGACCGUCGAUCGUGGAAUGAGAAAGACAGGAAGGAAGGAAGGAAGGAAAGAAGAAAUGAAACAAAAGGUAGGAAGGAAGAAAAGAAACGUGAAUGGAAGAGAUCUUGAUUUAAAAAAAAAAGAGAGAGAGAGAAAAAGAGUGAAAAACGAGACAUUUACUAUUCUUAAAUAAAAGCGUCUUGUGUAAGAUGGACCGUCUGCCUCUUGCAAAACGAUCGAAUUCAAUGUGUGUGUGUGUGUGUGUGUAUAUAUAUAUAUGUAUAUAUAUAUGUAUACAUGCAUAUAUGUACAUAUAUAUAUGUAUGUAUUUACGUAUUGUAAUCGCGUAAUUUCUCUAACUCAACUACGAUGCAGAUCAGCCGUCUGUCUAUCGAUCGAUCGAUAUCCUACGAAUUUAUUUCUAUUAAACAAUAGAAUCCACGUAAGUAAGUAAUUAGAUCGUCCAACGCGCGAAGACGUUCUCUCGCUAAAAGAAGAAGGACAAUAAAAUUGCAGUCUGCUCUGGUGCCAAACGUUAUUUCCUUUGAACUUCUCAUUUUUUCGCCGUGAAGAAUUAACAAAUAAAAAAAAAACAAAACAAAAAAGAAAUAAAUAAAGAAGAAGAUGAAGGAGAGGAAGAAAAAGAAAAAAAAGAAAAUACGAAGAAAAAGAAAAAAAAAUUAAUAAAUAAUAAAAAUAAAAAUAAACGAACGUCGUAGAGACGAUGAGCGCCUUCGCGCGUCGACGCUUUGCAAUAUAUCGAACGAUCCAAAGGGCUACAUAUAUAUAUAUAUAUAUAUAUAUGUGUGUGUAUAUAAAUAUAUAAAUAUAUAUAUAUAUACAUAUAUAUAUAUAUAUAUUAUAUUUGUGUAUGUGUACGCAUGCGCGAGAAAGAGAGACAGAAAAUUACAGGGAGAAAGGAGAGAGAGAGAGAAAGAGAGAGCGAGCGAGCGAGCGAGCGAGAGAGAGAGAGUGAGAGGCGAAGGGAGGAGACAAAUACGAAGCUGCCCGGUAAUCGAAUACGUGAUUUCUACCAGUUUUCGACGAAACCAAAGUUUACCGCGCGGCUAAUCCCGAAUUAACAAUGCAAAUUAUAACGCGAACCUUCGUUGCAAACCCUCCCUCCCUCCGCGUUCUCCUCUAUACUAUCCUACGGGAUUUCCCGGGUAUUCCCGACAUAUUUUAGAUAGAUAAAGCGAAAGUUUUCGGAGAUUCGACCGUUCGAGCGGCUGAUUUUUAAACGUGAGAAAAAAAGAACGACGAUUAUUUACAAUAAUUCGUGUCAUAAAAUAUCUUCCCUUUCUCCUUCGAUUAAUUUUCCUAUUCCUUUCAUCUUUUAACUGUUUUUCUUUUUUCUCUUUUCUUUUUCUUUCUUUUACUUCUUUCUUUUUUUUUAUUUUUUAAUUUUUCUGUUCAUUUCAUCGUUUUAUCAGUGUGACAGACUACUAUAGACUCGUCGUUCUCUCCUUACGAAUAGCUUGAGAGAAAAAUUCGUUCGGUGGGAGAGCGACAUGCGUUUUUACGAGAAUAAAACUUUGUACUUUUGUACGAUGGCUUUUUUAAAAAAAAAAGAAAGAAAGAAAGAGAGAAAGAAAGAGAGAGAGAGAGAGAGAGAGAGAGAGAGAGAGAGAGAGUGAAAGAGGGAGGGAGGGAAGGACGGUCGAGAUAAUUUUGAAAGAUCAGGUCGGGUCGUCGAUAGUUGCGCACGAAGGAAGGUUUUAUUCGACGAGACGAGAAACAACACUCAUCAGAAGCAUAUAGCAGAAAUAAGUAAUAUAUUUUUUAAUAUUCUCAUCCUAUUCAUAACGAAUAAAGAAGCAGUGCAGGCGUAUAAUAUUUAAGAAAGAACGAUAUACGAGCAGUAUUCCGCACAAAAGAUAUAAUAAAAUAAAGGUAAAAUAAAAUGAUGCAAAAGGGAAAUAAUAAUAGUAAUAAUAAUAAUAAUAAAUAAUAAAUAAUAAUAAUAAAUAAUAAUAAUACUAAUAAUAAUAAUACUAAUAAUAAUAAUAAUAAUAAUAAUAAUAAUAAUAAUAUUCAAAGAAAGAAGCAAGAAACAAGAAGAAGAAGAACAAGAACAAGAAGAACAAGAAGAAAUAAAGAAAUAUAUAUGUGUACCGUCGAAUCUUUCUUACUUUACGUCUCGGAACUUUUAAUACCGCGAAUAUUUCCUUCUUUGGUGCGCACUGAAAUAGGCAGACGGUCGUCUACGUUUCCGUGUUCCUCUCGCGUAAACGAAGAACGAGAUUGAAAGAAAUAGAAAAAAUAAGAUCGAAGAAAAGAAAAUGAAAUGAUAUAUAUAUAUAUAUAUAUAUAUAUAUAUAUAUGUAUAUGUAUGUAUGUAUAUAUAGGAAGGAAACGCGGAACGUAGGAAAUUUCAAUGUUCGAUCGUGAUUCGAAGCAAGGCGAAAAUUCGAAGAUCGUCCAACGAAUUUAAUUCCACGUGAUCGUCCAUGAUCGAGGCAGAGGACGAUCGUGACAAAAUAUUUAAAAAAACAAAAAAACAAAAAAAAAAGAAAAAAAAACGGAAAAAAGUAAACGAAGCAAAGCACGAGUUGCUUGAUAGAGAGAAAGUCGAGUCUGUUAAAAGUUUAAAUAAAAUCAUAGAUCGGGGAUGUGUGCCCUCUCAUUAUAGAUAAGAAAGAAAGGUUUGUAGAAGAGAGAGAGAGAAAGAGAGAGAGAGAGAGAGAGAGAGAAAGAGGGUUGCAGCUCAAUAGAAAGAGAGAGAGAGAGAGAGAAACGAAUUUCCUUGAAGACUAGAAAAAAAAAGAAAGAAAAUAAAUCUUACCUGAAGCAGAGUGGCCGAAGAGUAUCGAGUCGAGAGGUGGCGAAAUAAAACGAAGAUAAACUAAAUUUUAAAUGUUCAGUGGCCAAAUAAAUUAAUUGAUACGCACGUAGAACGUAAUACGAUACCGUACCUAUUAAGUAAGCCUGACUGACGUGUGCGUGUGCGUGUAUGCGUGUUUCCUGUGUAUGAUCGACAGUACGAGUGUUUACAAAAAGUGAGACAGAAUGUAAGUACGUAAGUAUGUGGGUUUCGAAAAAAAAAAAAAGAAAAAAACACGCGAGUCUCGUGAGUAUUUGUUUUAAAAAAAGUAAUGAAGCAAAAAGAGAGGAGAGAAAGAGAGGGAAGAAGGGGGAGAGAGAGAGAGAGAAAGAAAGAGUGUGUGAGUGAGAGAGUGAAAGAGAAAGAGAAAAAGAGAGAGAGAAAGAGAGAAAGAGAGAGAGAGAGAGAACGAGAAAUCGUCGGAAGAAAAACCAAGCAAAAUACUAAGUUUGUAUAUCGUGCAAUUUUUUCAGUGUUUCAUUAUUUGUUACCAUGUUCACGAUUAAUUAUAAAUAAAUAAAUAAAUAAAUAAAUAAAUAAAUAAAUAAAUAAAUAAAUAUAUAUAUAUAAAUAUAUAUAUAUAUGUAGCAUUUACAAGUUUAAGAUAAAAAAGGGAUAUACGAAGCCAGAUGUCUUUUUGAUAGCCAUAUUGAGAUAUCGUGGUUGUCGUCACGUCGCGACGCCCCCACCCCUCGUUUUUUCGGCAGACGAGACGAAAACGAAAGUACGAAGUGUAUGCUCGUCAUUCUGGAACUGAAUGUAUGUAUGGAAUAGUAGAAAAUGUGUAUGUAUGAGAGAUCAACUUAAAGAGAGAAUAACAGAUAAAAUAAAAGAGUGUGUAUGUAUGUGAAAGAGAGAGAGAGAGAGAGAGAGAGAGAGAGAGAGAGAGAGAGAGAGAACGAUUGAGAAUAUGAGAGAAUGAUAAAGAAAGAGAAAGAGAGAAAAGAAAGUGCCGUGAGGGACGGUGAAAAGACAAGCAACGACGUCUUUUUUAAAGUCGCACGGUCCUCGUUUAGCUUAUUUACGCGCGCGCGCUAAUUUUUAUAAAUACCGAUCACUGACAUCGAGAGAGUAAAGCGACGGACGAUAAUCGGCGCAUACUAUUUAAAAGUAUCGAGAGUUAAGAGAAUGUUAGAGCCGUUUCGAGGUUAUCAUCGAACCAUCGCAACGACUCGAUGGAGUCUCACUCCACCACCCUUCCCUUCCCUUCACCCACACCCUUCCACCUAUUUCCACCCCUGCUGCUCCCACAACUCCAUCAGCUCUUUCGGUCCUCUUCUCCCAUCCCAUUCUAUUCUCCUGCGUCCCAUCCCUUAUUGUAGAUAUAGUAUAUUGUAAUAUAAAGCGAACUACGCGACGAGAUCGGUUCGCUUUAACAAGGGAAAUAUAGGUGAAGAUGACAUACGUGUAAUUACGUAGCUAACGAAAGAGCGCGGAAAGUUUGAAUAAUAAAAGUAGUUAGAGGUUUACAUAGAUAGAUGGAUAGCUACGACGUUAGAUAGGCACUUAGAUAGGCGGAUAAAUAGAUCGGGAUGGUGAGGAUGUAAGAAGAAAAAAAAAAAGAAAUAAGAAAUAAAGAAAGAAAGAAGAUAGAAUGUUCGUGUGAAUGCAUGCGCGAGAUAACGAGAGAUAAGUUUGAAUGUGGAUAACGAUGAAUUUAGAACAAGAGAGAGCGCGAGAGAGAAAGAGAGGCAGAGUGAGCGUAUGAGAGAAGAGAGAGAGAGAGAGAGAGAGAGAGAGAAAGAUAAAUAGAUGGUUAUAGAUAGAUAGAGAUAUAAGUACCUAAGGAGAAUCUAAGGAAGCGUAGGAGAAGUCGUAUCGUUGUACGAGGUAUGAAUAAUCGAACAUAAAUGUUUUACGAUACUCGCGUACAAUAAGAUCAAGAGAAUUACAAAAACUCCAAAAAUAACAAAAAAAUAAACUCUUCAACAAGUAAAAUGAUUAAAAUGAUAAAAAAAAAAGCAUAAACGUUAUAAAAGUCUAGAUGGUUAAAGGAGACGAGAGUAAAACUUUCACAAACACAUAAACACAUACACACACGCACACGUACGAUCCUAAUUGUAUUAUUAUCGUGGUCUAAGGUAUUUUCAGUCAUGUUGCAUAGUAACUGUAAAUUACGAGCCGUGAAUAGCGGAGUUGCGAUAGAUGGGUGAGAAGGGGAGGGAGAGAGAAAGAGAGAAAGAGAGAGUGAGAGAGAAUCAAGCACAGUUAUAGCGGUGCUCCGCUCGUGAGAAGGACAGUUUUACGUAUGAAAGAGGAAGACAACAAAUAAAAACAAGAAAGAAAAGAGAUAAAAGAAUUACAUUUUUUUUUCUAAAUCCAAUCUCUUGACAUCCGGCAAAACGAGAGAUACUAUUACCAUUACCUCUUUGAUACGAAAGCAAAAGUUGAGUUUAGAAAAAAAAUUAAAAAAAAAUAAAAAAAUAAAAGGGAAAAAAUAAAAGGAGAGAAAAAGAAACAUUCGAAAAUUCGAAUAAAAAUUCCUACACACGAGCGAAACGAAUAGAGAAAAGGUGUAUAUAUAUAUAUAUAUAUAUAUAUAUAUAUAUAUAUAUUGCUCUUAAAAAUUAUUACCAACAAAAUAAAACAAACAAGUAUUAAUUAAAUCGUCAUUGGAUAUGUACAAUACAUGACGGCAAUCGUCGAUCGUUGCUUAUUCUUCGACCAAUUAAUUUUUCUCGUGCGCGCUCGAGUGCGGGUUUUCGAAAAAGCAUUUUGCCCCGUUCGAUUUGCCGCCGUGUAUUGUUCAAAAUUCAAAUACUACAACCGAACUGAUAAAGGUAAUGUUAUUUUUAGGAAUGCUCAUCGUUAGAAAAGAUUUAAAUAAAUUGAGAGGGCGAGAAAUAGAGAGAGAGAGAGAGAGAGAGAAUAAGAGAAUAUGGUAUUACUAGAGAUAGGAUAUGAUUAUUGCGAAGUGAGAGUCAAUGAGAUUAGAGUGAAAGAAAAAAAGAGACAGGUGUAGUCGAAAGAUUGUGAGAAUGAAUGACAGAGAGAGAGAGAGAGAAAGAGAGAGAGAGAAUGUGUGUGAUAUGAGAGAAAGAAAGUAAAGAAGAAAGAAUGAAAGAAAGAAAGAAAGAAAGAAUGAAUGAAAGAAUGAAACGAAAGAUAAAUGAAAAGGGGUGGAAGACAAAAAUGAGAUACCUAUAUUUUUAAAAAGUGACCUUUGGCAUUUAAAGACUUGUAAAAAAAAAAUUGUGCAACGAGUUAAAUAAAGCAAAACAAAAAGAUAAACAAAAGAAACAAAACGAAGAAAAUAAAAACAAUAAUAAAAAAAAAAGGAAAAAAAACAGGAAAAAGAAAAUAAAAAACAAAGAUAGAAAGGAAAAAAAAGAUGCAAAUCGGGGCGCGUAAACGUAAUCGAGAGAGGCGUCCGUCCUUUAUCGUGUCUCGAGGAGGGUAAAUAAUCGUGUUAUUUACGUGCGGUAGCGCAGCGUUAUGGGGUGGGAGGAGGGGACAAGAGUGGUAAGAUAAGAUAAGAAAGAAGUGAGAAAAAGAGACGUACAGUGAAAACUGAGAAUGAAAAAGAAAGAAAGAAAGAAAAAGAAAAGAAAGAAAUAGACGUAGAACAAGCGGGUAUGGUGUGGGUCGAUGGUGAACGUAAGAAAAAAGAAAAAGAAAAAGAAAAACAGAAGAAAAAAGAGAGAAGGGAGAAAACAAAAAGUGCAGCAGACACUUUUCCAUUAGGAUUCGCGUUUUCGCGUGGCGUGUUUCACGAUAGUCGAUGGACGAAGCUAGAGUUUAUAUACGUCUAGACAGACUGACGUCGGAUUUACUUACCUCUCGAGGCCUAAGCGAAAGGGAGAAACGAUUUUGCACGUGAUUCGAUUUUUUCGACGGCACUAUUCGCGCAUAUACUACCGCGGGAAGAAGAAGAGAAACGGGGGAAUACGUAUUUUCAAAUUUUCACGUCCGACUUGCUCCUUCCGGUCCGAUUCCGGGAAAAAGAUAGGAAGUGGGUAGGUAAAAGGAAAAGGGAAGGAAAAAAAAAUACAAUAAAAGAAAAGAAAAUGAGAUAAAAAAAAAAGGAUAAGAAAAGCUUGAGAAACAUAAGGGAUUUUCAAUUGUUGCGAUUGGACCCUACCAAUUACUUCUUAGAUGGGCAUAAAUUUUUCCCGUGGGGUGGCAUCGGUUUUGUACACGUCGAUGUAAACGGAACAAAAAAAAAUAAGAAAAAUAAGAAAAAUAAAAGAAAAAAAGAAAAGAAAAGAAAAGGAAGAAAAAAAGAAAGAAAGAAUACAGAUACAACCAACGGUCAGUCUCACUAGCAGCACAGUCACUCAUCCACAAAGAUUCAUUGUAGAAUAUAGUAUUUUUAGGAAUUUUAUACAGGCAUUAAGAACAACGCUCUAUGUUUCUCAGUCACGAUUUACUGUCGGGUCAUUGUCAUGUUUCUUCUUGUACGUAAAAAUCGCGUACGUUUAACUUGUGUGUGUAUAGGUAUUCGUGUGUGUAUCCGGAAAUUGAACGAAAGAGAGAAAGAGAGAAAGAAAUGAGAGGGACGAUGAAUGCGAGAAGAAAGAGAAAACGGAUGGACGAGUGAGAGCGAGAAAGAUAAAAAAUGAGAUAUAAUAAAAAGUGAGAGAGAAAAAGAGAGAGAGAGAGAGAGAGAGAGAGAGAGAGAGAGAGAGAGAGAGAGAGAGUGAAUGAACGUGGAAAAAAAAGGGAAAGUGAGAGCAAGCGGUAAAGAGAAUCAUUUUUCCAGAAUUCUGUACCUCCUUGCGUAUACACACAUCUCUCUAUUUGUAUAAUUGUGAAUAUUAACAUACGAUAAUAUGUGAUUUAUUACGUGUGAUCUUGCGCGCGAAAAGACGUAGAGUAAAGCUUUGCGCCGCGGGUAUUUUGUACUAAUACGAAAUAAUAUGACGAGAUAUAGGUGUGUACGAAUACUUAUGAGCGGGUGUAUGCGCGUGUAUAUGUGUGUGUAUGUGUAAGAGAGAGAAAGAGAGAAAGAGAGAAAAAGAGAGAGAGAGAGAGAGAGAUAAAAGAAAGAGAAAGAAAGACAUUAGAUAGCCGGGACAAGCAGGGAGAGCUUUGUAAUCGUUGUUUCAUUAACGCUGAGAAAUAAUUAUUAUAAUAAGGAGAGAGGAUAAAACGCUUACGCAUCCGUCGCUCCUUUCUCUCGCCAUUAUUUCGUCUACUUAUUCGUCGUCGUCAUCAUUAUCAUCAUCAUUAUCAUCGUCAUUAUCAUUAUCAUUAUCAUUAUUGUUAUCAUCGUCGUUCCUUCGUCUUCUUCUUCUUCUAAUUCUAAUUCUAAUUCUUUUUCCCUUUCCUCUAAAUUUUCUCAAUCGCUAUCGCCAUGACCGUCAUUUCUUUCUCCUCUCGUUUGAUAACCGAGCGAGAUAAGCGCAAUUUCUCUCGUUUUAUCGUCUUUCAAAGUCUAUACGCGCGUUUAUCGAUCACUCUGGUAGAAAAGCGCGGCGUAGAAAAACACAUCGUUGGUGGUGCUCUCUUCUUCUCGCUCGGCAGGGUCGAAAGCUCUCGUCGCCACCCUCCAACCCUCCAUCCCUCGCGAUCGCUACGAGAAAACGUCCGCCUUUAUUAUUCUAUAUCUCCUUUCGCGCUCUAUAAACACGCUUCGCGUCACUCACGAGUCGUUCGUACGAUUAUUAUUAUUGGUUUACUGUGUGGAAAAAGAAUGAAUCUGAGGUGGAUGAAAAAGAAAAGGAAAAAGAAAGAGAGAGAGGGAGAGGGAGAGAGAGAGAGAGAGAGAGAAAGAGCAUCGACAUCGUUUUUACAAGAAUGUGUACUCUCCUCUGACCGCUUCUGGUACUUUUCCUCCAUCCCUCUUUCUUCUUCUUCUUCUUCUUUUUCUUUUUCUUCUUCUCCUUCUUUUUCUUCCUCUCCUCCAUAAUUGAAAAAUAAUUAGUAAAUUCGACGGUAACGUCAUUAAAAAGCACGAGUGAGCGGAUGAUAAUAUAAUUGGUCUACGCGUUAUUCACAAAACUUAACGAUAUAUGUAUAUUGUAUACGAUUUCUAUAUAUAUAUAUAUAUAUAUAUAUAUAUAUAUAUAUAUAUAUAUACAUACAUAUAUAUAUAUUCUAUAUACAUAUAUAUAUAUAUAUAUAUAUAUAUAUAUACAUAUAUAUAUAUAUAGGAAAUGAAAUAAAUCUUACUCGCACGUACGAUCCUACUUAAAGGAAAUAAGAAACGAGCGUAGAGAAACCAGAAAAAGAAAAAGAGAAAGAGAGAGAGAGAGAGAGAGAGAGAGAGAGAGAGAGAUAUGAGAAAAGUGUAUCCUUCCAAGCUGGGACUAAAUCGAUUUUAUUCGUGACUUUAUAAAGUCACGUACGUUGCUGAUUUAAUUUAAAAAUAAAAAGAAAAAAAAGAGAAAAACGAAAAGGAACAAAAAAAAAGAAAGGAAAAAGAAAUAGACGAAAUAGAAGAAAAGGAUAAGAAAGAGAAAUAUUGGGAAAGCUUUGACAAAAAAAAAAGAAAUAAAAAAAAAAGAAUCUUAACUUUCGACGUUUUGUACAAGGCGUAGUAGAAAAAGCUCGUAUAACGAGCUAAGUAGGUGAUCACAUGUGAUAUUUGUAUCGGCUAUCGUAAUAUAUAUGUAUAAAUAUUAUAUAUGUAAAUGUAUAGUAGAGAGUAAUUCCGUUUAGGAUUUACGAUAACGUUAGUUAGGCGACGAAAUGGAUGGAGAUUAGAAUCGAGCACGUGAACUCGGUAAAAUCCGUAAGAAGAUAGAAGAGGGGGUUGAAAAAAGAGAGAAAAACAAAGGGGAAUGUGGAAGCAUGUGAAAAAGAUAGAUAAAUAGAUAGAUAGAGAUAGAUAGAGAGAGAGAGAGAGAGAGAGAGAGAGAGAGAGAGAGAGAGAGAGAAAAUGAACGAAAGAGAAAAAACGUACGAACGUCUCGUGGAUUUUAUUACGAGGGAACUUACCUUUAAUGCGAUAUCUUCCUUCUAAUCGCCUAAUCGCGCUGACUACGCAGGCCUAUAAAAGCCGGUUCUAAUGAACGAACGCACAUGAUUGUCGUAAGAACGAUAUAAAGAUUGAUGAAAGUUUUUUGAAUGGGAAUGAAUGAUAAAGAACGAAAGGGUAUAUUAUUAUAGCGAAUGAAUGAUGAAACACGCGAGGGACAUCGUUUCGAAGGACAUGGAAGGCCUCGAACAUUCGUAUAGGAAAAAAAGGAAAAAAAAAGAAGAAAAAAGAAAAAGAAAGAAAGAAAGAAAGAAGAUAGAAAAAGAGAAAAAAAGAAACUUUUUCCCCCCUUUACCCCCUAUUUGAUCAUUGCUGAAACGACACCCCUUAGUUACGAUCGCUUUCUUUCUUGUUCACUGUCUUUUCACCCUCGAUCUUUUUUUUUUCUGAACUUGCAAACCCUCUCAUCAGCCAUCGUAACUUUCGAUGAACCGAUAUAAGUUUGUUGUGUCGAGUUCGUGGAUCGAAUAGAUGUUACGUCAAAUAGAUGCGUAUAUAAAAUGUAUAUAUACAUAUGUAUGCGUUAUUUAUAUAUGACGUUUAUCGGCUUAAACUAAAGCUGCAUAUCGAAAAUAAAUCUAAAGGACGGAUAUAAUAUGGUAUUAGAAGAUAACGUGGCAAUAACAAAAUUGAAUUUUGAUUUAUCGGAAAUGAAAUUUUAUUUUUCGUCAUCGGUCUUCUUCAUACUUCUCUUUCCUUAACACAUUUUCAUUGAAAAUGAAGGAUUAUCCUCGUCGUGGUCUUCUGAUUGCUUGCUAAAAAAUAAAAUAGUAUGGAUAAGGAUUGUAUGUUAGAAAGAAAGAAAGAAAGAGAGAGGGAGAGAGAGAAAGAAAGAGAGAGCUACAUGUGUAAACGAUAAAGAUGUACAAACAGUGGGAAUGAGAUGAAAGGAAUAAGUGCGACUGAAAUUAAGAGAGAGAAAGAGAGAGAGAGAGAGAGAGAGAGAGAGAGGGAGGGAGAGAGAGAGAGAAAGAGAGAGAUGACUUCGCAAGUAGUAAAAAAGCGUACCUUGUGUGAAUUCGUCUUGAUGCGCGAAUGUGUUUCGUGAAAUAUGUUUGUCGAGAAUCAAACUUGUAUCGUUUAAAGACAAAGCGAAGAAGAGAGAAAGAAAAUAUUUCGAAUGCUCUGUGCGUGUGUGUAUGCAUAUGUGUACGUAUGUAUGUGUGCGUGUGCGUGUGUGAAAGAGAGCGAGAGAGCGAGAGCCAGCGCGAAUGGAUAAUUUUUUUAGCGUUAACUCCCAAAUUUUUACAUAAAUUAUUUACUAUAAAGAGUCUUAAUUAUUAUCUUUAUAUUAUUAUCGCUAAUAUUAAUAUAAUUACAAAACAAAACAAAACGAAAAAAAAAACUAUCACUCUUCAUUGUUCUCUUUUUUUAAUUGUACAAAUCGCGAGAGGAUGCCGAGUAAGCUUAAGUGUUUAGCUCGUAUAAGUAUAAGUUUUAAUGUUAUGAAUUACUAUUAAUUGUUCGAUUAAUUAUCGAUUAAGCGUAGCACGAAGAAGAAUUAUUCGACGAAUAACGAACGUUCUUCCGCGUACCUUGCGAUUAUUGAAUCUUUAAUUCGAUGUGUGCACGAAUCGCUGACGAUCGACGAAAGGUACGACGAAAGACCGAGGGACACCCGAUCGAUAUCGAUCGCGAAGAAAGAGAAGAAGAAAUAGGGAAAUGCAAAAUUGUUAUUUUCUUUUUUCUCUCUCGGCUAUUUAUCAUCCGAUCAUUUUCUGACAAAAUUUCAUCUAAAAAGCCGUUCGUGGAAAUAAUAAAGAAAAUAUUUAAGAAAGAGAAAAAAUCAAAAUUAAUUUUAAAGGAAAUAAUAAUGGUAAUGAUAAUGAUAAUGAUAAUAAUAAUAAUAAUAAUAAUAAUAAUAAUAAUAAUAUAUUAAUAAUAAUAACGAUAACGAUAAUGGUAAUAAUAAAGAAAGAAGCAAAUAAAUAAAUGAAUACAUGAUUAAAAACAAUACAAGAAUAUAGAAGGAAAAAAGAAAGAAAAUGGAGGACUAAGUGUUGGAGCGUCCCUUCCUCUUUCGUCCGCAUCGUUUCGUCGACUUAAUUGUUGUCUGCCUAGAGUUUUUGCGUUAUCGAAAAAGGCGCACGCUUCUUAUUCGGCUUACGGAGUGACCGGGCCGGCCGCGCUUUGUAAAUAAUUCACUAAUAAAAAAAUUUCUCAUCGUGCUUGAGUGAGCUUUGCUUUCAACUUGAGUCCUCCUUGAACUAUAUCGCUUCCGUCUCAUUGCCAGUAUCGUCGAACGAGUAUACCGUACCGAAGUUACGGCGAACUUCGAAAGCUUCCGAUGAUCGAUUAACGUUAAGAUCGCUUGAGAGGAAAUAUAAAAAGAAAAGGAAAGAUUGAGAGAGAAAGAGGGAGAGAGAGGUAGAUUAUUAAAAAAAUAAAACGAAAGAAAAUGAACCGAGUAAAAAAAACAGUAGAACGCGAAAUAGAUUUUCUUCUCGCGUAUCUUUAAAUAGACUUUUCCGAUUUUUAUAAAAAAAAAAGAAAGAAAAGAAAAGAAAAAAAAAGAGAAAAAGCUUUCAUAAACAUUACGAAGAAUU